AUGAAGUUAAAAGCAAUGCAACCACAGAUGUCUUGGCCCCCAAAAGAAGACGAUCUUAAACCAAAUAUUGUGCUGAAGUACAUCCCUCAUCUCUUGGAUAUGUUUUGUACUGUCCUGUUCUCGGGUUCAAGCAUGGAGAGUGAACGGAAGAAAAAUGAAAAGGUUGUUCGACUGUCUAACUCAAUUUGCCAAGACAUAGUUUAUAUCGUCUCUAAUGGAAAUAUCAAAACACCCAAAAGUGUUCUUUUCCCUGUGGUUGUUAAAUCGCUGUGUAACAAUACCGAAGUGAUUAGACUUAAUAAUCGUCAUGGCCAUGGAAUAAGCUAUGACCUUAUUGAGGAAAUUGAGACAGAACAUGCGUUGAAAGUCUUAAAUGAGCAGAAGGAGAUGCGAGUUGUCAUCCCUGAUGAAGCAAUGAAAUGUGAUAACUCACCUGUUUCGUUAAUGGUGGCUGAUAAUAUUGAUAAUUUGGAAAGCACGUUGACCGGUGCUGGCACUUCACACAGAGUGAAUUCUAUUCUCGUGCGAAAAAGGAGAUGUAUGGAAGAG